CUGCUUAACUUCGGACAGUCCACAAAAUCUUCUAAUUUAGUUUGCGGGUACAAAUUUAGUAAACACCAAGGUUGAAUGUGCAAGUAUGACAGCUAGUACAAAGCCUCGUCGAGCAUCUGCCAAAGCUUGUCUCAAGGCCAUAUGUGGACUUACUGCUCUCCAGAACUCUGAUGAUAGCUCAAUAUCUGAAAAUAUUGAAAGUGAGAUGUCAGACUAUGUUGUCGAAAGUGGGGACAAUAAUAUCACUACCGAAGAGAGUGAUUCGAAUAGUGCAGAUAAAGCUGAGAUAUCUAACGAUGCCAAACUCUCAUCAGAAAAUUCGUCGUCAACAGGCUCGCUUAUUGAUGAACCAUGUCGUAAAAAAUCAUCAAGUAAAGCUCAUCGUCCUGUUUUGAGUGACAAAGGAUGUUUGAGAUCUCCUUUCGUAAGAUAUAUGAGGUCUUGUCGUGGUCAUAUUGAUCGUGAUCCCAGAUCUGUAGCUCCUGCGAAAUUUCUGCAGUCAAUAGAUUCACUAAAACAUAUGUUCAGUAAUACGCAAAAUCCAUUUCUGUUUUGUCCCAGUGGAUAUAAGUCACAGUUUAUGUGUCGGAAAAAGGCUUUAUUUCCAACUUCGGGUGCGUGGGUACGAUCACCUAUUUAUAUCAAAAAGGAUCACCUUCCAGAGCCUCCCAUCAGCCCUAUAUAUUUAUCUGACGAAGUAAAUACAGUUAAAUUAAAACGGUUCGAAUUUGACAAGGGUUCAAAUUUAGUAUAUACUGGUGGAGCAGUAACUUGUUUGUCAUGGUGUCCUCCUCGUCUUUCUUCACUUCUGGAUUCUGAAUCAAUUGUAAAUGAAUGUUCGUUUCUUGCGACUUCUUCUAUUCUAACACCAGAUUCACAAACGCUUUAUUCUGAUAAGAUGGCGAGUUGUCCCGGAUUAAUACAGAUAUGGAAUUGUGGGGCUUUAGGUCUAACAGAAGUGUCAAAACUAGUGACAAAGGCUUGUUCUUAUGGAUCAUGCAUAAUAACUAUUCCCGAAGUAGAUCGAGUUCUUGGUCAUUUAAUUGUUGCUUGUCAAGAUGGCUUUAUUCGUAUAUUAUCUAUACCAACUUGUCCAAUGAAUUUUGGGUUCGAGAAUUCAUCUGCUUCACAAUUCGCUUAUACACUUUCGAAAAAUUGUUACCUCACACUAUCCCCAUCUGUGAAAGAACAUCCUCAUUGGGUUGGUUGGCCAACGUGUACACAUAUUCGCCGUGAAUUCCCAGAUCGCCUUUUUGUUGGUUAUACCACAGGUUAUGUAGGCUAUUACAAUUUAAGUAGUCUUAAUGAUUUGGUUUAUUCGCCUCAGUAUAAUCAUUUAGCUCCAGUGAAAAUGUCACGUCUAACAAGCAGUCCAAUCACAGCAUUGUCUCUCCACCCUCUUAAUGGAAAAAUGUUGUAUGUACAAGCCUUAGAACGUAUCGGUGGUGUCUGGGAUUUGAAUGACUCUGUAUGUUUCACUUCCGAGUCAGCUGAAAUCAGUUGGAAUCCAGUACAUGGUUUUAUGGGACGUGAUGGAAUGUGGAUUAGUAAUGGUGAAUUUUUAGUUGGUUCACGUGAAACGUGGUUUACUUCGACAUCAUGUAAAAACACUCAAUUUCCGAAGUGGUCUGCAUUAUUUGAUACUAUGGAUAACUGUAUUGGUCAGUAUUUACCUGCUGAACCAACUGAUGGUUGUAGCCAUUUAAUACCAUUAGGAAUCCAGUCACUCACGAGUGUGGAUUUCAGUGAUUCUCUCAAUGCACUUGUGUGUAGUACGGACAGAGGACGUAUUGAAGUGAUUGCUGAGUCUGUAGAGAAGCGAAAAUGUGAUCCGUCACGUCCAAGAUAUAUUCCUGAGAUGAGAAUACCAUUAUGUCAAUGGAUCAUGGAAAAACGACCACCAGAAGAAUUUGCUCAUUAUACCCCAUCAAAAAAUGAAGAAAAAUGGGAAGAAACAGUGGAUUUAACUAAAUGUGAUUAUGACAUAAUAGAUAUUAAUGCAUUUAUUACUGAAUGUAAAAUUGAUCUUGAACCGAUUAAUAAUGCUGCUUCUACCACUACAACUACUAAUACUACUACAACCAGUACCACCAUUACUUCUGCCCUUACAUCAGAGAUGGAUGUUGGAGAACUAAAUGAUGCAGAGCUUCGACACUUUCUUUUUCCUUCACCUAACUGUGAACAUUGUGGAACUGAUCAAUCUAUGUGCUGGCAUAAGCUUUGGUCGAAUUAUCAAAUACGGAUCUUGUUAAAUGAUAAGGUGCCUAAGAAACCUGAAUUGGAUUUCAUUAGUACUCCUAUUUUGAAGAUAAAUAAAGUUCGUUUCAAUCCGAAUCCAACAAGUGCAACAUGGAUUGCGGUAGCCAGUAGUAUAGGUUUUAUACAAUUUAUAUGUGUAGAACAAUUAUAUUGUCAAAGCUUCGAUAUUCUACUAAAUCGAACACCAACUGGAAAAGAUUCCGUUUAUUUAACACCAAAACCACAUAAUGUUGUUCUUGGUAGACCAGUGAAUCCAUCUAAUAGAAAUUCUUCUAAAAAAAAUCGACGUAAAACAGUGACUUCAUCAAACUCAACUGAUAUUUCCACAAAACAAUCUGUACAAAUAGAAUUGGAUAAUAAUAAAAUGGAUGUAGUUCCAAAGAUGUUGACAAAAACACUUGAUAAUUAUUCAUCGGAUGAUAGUGCUGCAACGGAAAUGAUGAUCAGCGAUAUGCACACAUUGAAUAUUAUUGAUCCUAGUCAUGAAAAUGAUUUCAGAACACAAAGAAAUCAAAUACGAAGAAGAAGUAGGCGUCUUCAGGCUCAACGCAAUCUUUCUUCAUCAACAUCUUCAACUGAUCCAUGUGAAGGAGAAUAA